AGGUUGGGAGCGGCAGCAGCCAUUUUAGCCACAUAGGACAUGCAUCUUUCUGCUUUCCCCUCAACUAUGGAGCACAGGUGAACAGACCCUUAUACCUCUCUGCAAGGCUGCCUUAGGAAGUGCAGGUGCCAUGGUGACGCUGAAUCAAUUGAGUGUCGAAGACCCAGAUGACUGCUCUCCUCUGCUGCCUGAGGCUGCGGAGGCUGCAGUACCAACACCUGUCACUCACAGACAACAAGUGGUCGCAAAGACAGACUCCAGGGGAUUUUUCCUGUGCAGGAGAGAGAACCUCGCCUUUAGUGUGGUGCUGCUGAUUGGAUGUUAUUCAGCUAUUCUGAUUCCAGCAUAUUUCCCCUUCAAUAAAUCAUCAGCUCUCAGCGAUGACUACCAACAUCCCAAAGAUCUGGCUUUGCUAAACUGGUCAGCUUCCGUGCUGUCAGGCCCCUGUCAACCUCACUGGUGUCUGAACCACCUCAAGCCUCUGUCCAGCUCUGCAGGCCUCCAGGACAUUCCUGUUUUUGUGCAGCAGGACAGGCCCUUGGCCUGGGAUCUGUCCCCUCCUCUGGGGCUCCAGGGUAGUGAAGAGAAUCUUGCCCUGGCUCUCGCCUCUCUGCCUCAGCCUGGCCUGCCUCCAUCACUGAGGAAUGAGGGCAGCUGCAAGCGAUGUGUGGUGGUGGGCAAUGGAGGGGUUCUUCAUGGGAGCCAUCUUGGAUCCCAUAUAGAUCGUUAUGACAUCAUUAUCAGGCUGAAUAAUGCUCCAGUGUCUGGCUUUGAAAGAGAUGCAGGUUCCCGCACCACCAUCCGCCUGAUGUAUCCAGAGGGAGCACCCCACUCUGCAAAUGAGUAUAAAAACACCACUAUGGUUGCUCUAGUGGUCUUUAAGAGCCUGGAUCUGGACUGGCUCACUUCUGUCAUCACCAAACAACCUCUGAGUUUCUGGUCCAAAUUGUGGUUCUGGAGGGAGGUGGUGGAUGAUAUUCCCUUGAGACCAGAGAACUUCAGGAUCCUCCACCCAGAGAUUAUUCACAAGACUGGACAAGUCAUUCAGAAAUAUGCUCUGAAAAAGGGAAAUAUGGUGCCAACACUAGGUGCCAGUGCUGUGGUGAUGGCUUUACAGCUGUGUGACCAGGUGACCCUGGCAGGAUUUGGCUAUGAUAUGGGGCAUCCAGAUGCUAGACUUCACUACUAUGAGACCAUACACAUGGAUGCUAUGAAGGCUCAAGUGGUGCAUGACAUCAGUGCCGAGAAACUCUUCUUGAGGGAUCUGGUGGCUGCAGAAGCUGUGACUGACAUCACAGGAGCGCUAUGAUUGACAAGGACAGAGACUGAAAAUGCAAUGAACUCUACAUGCACUCCUUCCUCUCACUAUGAGAGGUAUCCAUAAAUGUACAGACUAACCUAUAGGCAACUCUCCUUUGAAUUUGGUGAACACCUGUUACAACAAUAGUAAUUGUCAGAUGACUGAAUAAUUAUACCAUCACACAUAGACACAAACUCUGUGGCUGGCUGCAUUUAGUGAAAUGGAUGCAAUGGUCAGUGGUUCAAAUAGUACUAUUUGAAUUCUGUGUUUACAGAGGUUCAAUAAACAAAUGAAUGUGAGA